UUCCCAGUUUUAUGUAUAUAGACAUUAUACAAUUUAUUCAAAAUAUUACUCGGAGAAUUACAUUGGCAAUAUUUAGAUAUUAUUCUUUAAAAAACAUUUUAGUUAGAAAUCAAGGUGUAUAACACACACAAUGUGAUUUUUUUCUAGCAAUUAAAGUGUGUUAUAGAUUGUACACACACUAUUUAUUAGUACGAAUACACUAAUAAGGUAUAAAAAGCUAGCGAUAAGAAAAAGUCGAGGGUUUAAUGGAAUUUUAAAUGGAUUGUGUAGAAGUAUGUUAAUAUUAAAGUUAAAAAUGAGUGGUUUAAUAUGUGCAGCGUUAUGUCUACUCUCAUUUAUCGUGUUAACAGUAUCAGGCGCAAAAGUGUUCUUGAUAGACGCAAAAUCAAACAGCGGUGACGUACACAGACUAUCACUGUCUUCAGAUAAAAAAUCCUUAGUUCUGGAGCCGGUAACAUCAGACGAUGCCCUCAAAGCGGAGGCAGAACAGAUUUAUGAGCUAUACAAGCGACCAAACAUCGCGCAACUGCAGCUAUUGUCGAACAAACACCGAAUAUUCGGCAACAUGUUCGGGAAUUCGAAUCUGAAAUCGUACGUGUCAAAGAAAUACAAAACUCCGAGAUACGAUCUAAAACAUCAAAUGAAAAGUCUUGAGCCGAUAAUUAAAUAUAUUUUAAGCCAAAAGAAGGCAAAUACGAAGUACACAUUUCAAGAUUUGACCAGAAAAGAGAAACCUGGUCCGUUUGCGGAGGAUUACGUGGACUUCGGAGAUUUCGGUAGACACCAAGCUGCGCCCGAUUUCUCUCAAGAUUACAUAGAUUUUAGGUUUACGAGGGACGAUUCUAAACGCAGCAGACUUCGGAGAGCUACAGACGUCGUUCAAGAAGCGUUAAGAUCAUACGUUGAAAGCGAUUCUGAUGAAGACGACGAUGAAGACACAAAAUCUAAACGGUUUGAGGUGGUGAAGAAUAAAAAUAACAAAAAAGAUAUAAAAAAUGAAUCAGACGCGUCUGAAGAAAAGGGGAAAGAAAGAAAGAAUGUGAAGAAGAGCAACGAAUUAGAUUCUGACGAAGAUUUUAGUGAGCUAUCUAAAGAGAAAAAACCUGCAAAGGUCAAACCGAAAAAGGAGUCAGUUGAAAAUAAUAUAGAAGAGAAACCAGAAAUGUAUCUUCAGGGGAAUAAAUUAACAGUUUACCCGCGAAUGCACGGGGACUCCGUCGAGGCGGACUCUAACGAAGACUCUAGAAGGAGCGAGAUAUUUAGGAGGAUGAGGUUACCAUAUUUUUUGCCUAAACGUUACCAUUGGACACCAAAAGACGUUCCAAAUCUAGGAUAUUUCUUCUUCAAUGGACCUAAAGGAGUUUCGCAAGAAUCGGAUUAGAAAUUAUCAGAUUUACAACAAAAUGAUGUCUAAAGUUAAAAACUUGCAACCCUACCAUUUUAAAAUGUCACGUUCUUAAAUUACAUUGUAAUUACGUUUAAAUUUAAAAAUAGUUGUGUAGUAAGGCUUAAGUUAGAAUCAAAAUUCACUAAAUCGUAAAUAGUAUAACAUUGUAAGUGUAAAUAAAUAAAUAAUAAAUAAAACAGCAAAAUAUGCAACCAAUACAGGUAUUUAGUACAUAUAACUUACUUAGCAGUGGACAUGACACGAACACACAUAAUCUCCAUAUACUUACACAACAACUUUCCCAUAAGUUACUCGAAAAUUUUUCACUGAAGUCUGCAACCUCAUGCUAUCCCUCUCACGUUAAGUUACCAGGAAAGAGAUAGCACAAUGUAUGUCAUUAUUUUUGUUAUCUUCUACCCAAAUAAAAAUAAGAUUUUUGCUUA